AUGCUGAAGAUGGACCAUGCAAACGUGACCCAAGCCAUGCUGGAUGCAGAAUCCCACGACAUGGAGAAAAGCCAUGGCAAUGAGUACUUUUACAUUCUGAUCGUCAUGUCCUUCUACGGGGUGUUCCUGAUUGGGAUAAUGCUCGGCUACAUGAAAUCCAAAAGAAAAGAGAAGAAGUCCAGUUUGCUUCUGCUCUACAAAGAUGAGGAGAGAGAAUGGGGGGAAGCCGUGAAGCCUCUACCAACCAUAUCAGGGAUGAAGUCUGUCCAGAUCCCCAUGAUGCUGAACAUGCUGCAGGAGAGCAUGGUGCCAUCCCUGUCCUGCGCCAUCUGCUCGAUGGAAGGCAGCAGCGUGAGUUCCGAAUCCUCCUCCCCAGACGUCCACUUCACCAUCCAGGAGGAAGUGCUGGAUGCUGAACUGGGGGAAGUGUCAGAAACACUCCUCAAUGAGAGUAGUGAGGGAUCUGCUGAAAACCUCCACAAGAACUCCUAG